ACUUUAUCAUAAAAAUUAAUGAAAACUUUUACGCGUAAACUAUUUAAAAAUAAUUAAAUUAAAUUAUUUUCACAAUUAAAAUAACCGAUGGCACAUUUACGAGCGGAAAAUUUGUGAUUGAAAAUUUUUUCUUGUCUGAGAUGCAUCAAACAUGAAUGAAGGUGAUUCAGCAGGAGGGGGGCAGCAAGGGCAUAGCCCGGCCCCUCCUGCUGUGCCAGACCGCAGAUCAACUAUACCAACGACAACAAUUUCAAUAGCAACUUUACAAACCCUUUCGUCUCCCCUAUCUACAUCAUCGUCAUCAUCUUCAUUGAUCUCUUUAACAUCUCAAAAAAAUUCAACAAUUAUUGAUAACAACACCACAGCAACAUCAUCAUCAUCAUCUAGUUUUCAGCAAAUCUUUAAUCAACAACUAGGCAUACAAAAUCAACAAACAACACCAACAGCAGCAACAAAUAGUGGAUCUGCGGUAACGUCAUCAUUAGCAUCUAAUUCCAAUUUGUCACAAUAUCAACAACAAUUACAACAGCAUAUGCAAACAUUGAGAUUUGCUGCAACAGCAUCGGGCAAUUCUUCUUCUAAUAAUAAUAUAAAUCAACAACAACAACAUCAACGUAUUUUACAAAUACAACAACAGCAGCAACAACAACAGGCAACGGCUUUAAACAGUUCCUACAAUAAUAACAGUGCAGUGAGUAGUAAUAAUCCAGGAGCAAGGGCAGGACUUCCUGCUAACAACAACGUUAAUCUGACACCAACACCUACUGGCUCUUCAUUGGCAACAUACAGCAGCUCCCCAACGGCGCAGUCACCAAAUCAAUCGCCGUUAAGUAAACGCAUUAAGCUAGAGCUACCGGACGGCAGUAGUGCGGGGUCAACGUCCCUGCCUACCAUUGCCGUUCCCUCUAUUCCAAGUGAUUUCAACGCUCUGAAAAAACGAAUUUUGGAACACAAAUAUUCUCGCAUAAGAAGCUUAAAAGAAAAAUACUCUGAAAAUGUUGCCGAAUUAUUUUAUCUACAAAGCGGUGGUAAUAUGAUGGACUAUCCCACGUGGAGAAAGAAACCACCAAGCCCGCAGUUUAUUAGCUUUAGCAAUGCAUAUCGGUUAGAUCAAUUAGUCAGUGAGGAGACUAAAACGCUUCAGAAUACGCAAUCUCAAACCAUUGGUCAGCAGGGCGCUGCUUCAUCUGCUACACUUCCAUCGUUGAUAACACCAUCCACCACAUCCUCGCAAUCAACACCUGUAGUAUCGACAGCAGCAACUAGUUUCCCUCAAGGAGCUGAAAUUAAAAUUCCAGCUGUUGGAGCAACACCUGUGGCAGUUUCAACACAACUACCAGCAGCGGUGGUUCAGUUGACGCAGCAAGGUGGAACACCACUUGUACCUAGUGUAUCUGGUAAUUCAAGUAUAUCUGAGAAACGUAGAUCAAUAUCAAAUGCUGGUCCUGCUUCAGCUAUCGCCCCAUUGCCAACAACAACACCCGCGUCUGCAAUUUCAACAACAGUACCAUCAUCAGCACCAUCAACGUCAUCAGUUCAUGCAACGUCAUCAGUUGCAGCGACCUCUGUUACCACGACCAAUGGUGCCACAAAUUCGUCCGCUGCAACAGGUGCAGUGGGAUCUUCUUCGCAUGCACAAAAUUCACCCGCACCACCCACCACACCUAAUGCAACGUCGGGCAAUGGAUCUGGCCAAGAAUUUUCAUUCAAAGCCAAACAAGAGGUGUACGUGAUGCAGCGAAUAACAGAACUACAGAGAGAGGGACUAUGGACUGAAAAACGCUUGCCAAAACUUCAAGAGCCCAGUCGGCCGAAAGCCCACUGGGAUUACUUGCUGGAAGAAAUGGUAUGGCUGGCCGCUGAUUUCGCUCAGGAGCGUAAAUGGAAAAAGAAUGCGGCCAAAAAAUGUGCCAAAAUGGUGCAGAAAUACUUCCAAGACAAGGCAAAUGCAGCUCAAAAGGCCGAAAAGGCCCACGAAUUGCAUCUGAAGCGUGUGGCCGCUUUUAUAUCCAAAGAGGUCAAGAUGUUCUGGUCGAAUGUUGAAAAGCUUGUCGAGUACAAGCAUCACACGAAACUCGAGGAAAAACGGAAAAAGGCUCUGGAUCAGCAUUUAAGUUUUAUUGUCGAUCAAACUGAGAAAUUCUCACAGCAAUUGGCCGUUGGUAUGAACAAGAGUGUAGUUGAAACCAGUGCAAAUCCAAGCAUCAAUUCCAGUCGAAUAUCUUCGCCAAAACGUGAAACUGCUUCUGAUGAUGAAUUCCGACCAAGUGAAGAAGGGUCAGAAGACGACGAAGAGACCAUUGCUAAGGCCGAAGAAGAAGCUGCAGAUGUCAAUGAAGAGGUUGCAGCUUUAGAGAAAGAAUCCCAAAUGGACUUGGAUGAUUUCUUAAAGGGCUUGCCCAAGGAUUAUCUUGCGAAUCGUGAUAAAAUUGUUCUCGAAGAGAAUAAAAACGAAGAAGCUGAAGAUGACGAAGAUGAUAAGGAAUUCCAAGCUCACGAUGAGCCAAGUGAAGAUGAUGAGAAUACAAUAAGUAAGCAGGAAGCUGAAGAGGCAGGUGUCGAUCAUAAAAAGGAAUUGGAUGAAUUGGAAGCUGACAACGAAAUGAGUGUAGAAAAACUUUUGGAGAAAUACAAAUCCGGAAAGAUGGGUUCUACAUCAAAAAUGGAGUUGGACUCUGAUGACGAUGAACAAAGUGCUGAUUCAGAUGACGUCGAAACGGAAGAAUCGGAAGAUGAAACUAUGGCCGAUGAAACAGCAGAAUCUUCAGCGUCCGAAGAAAACGAACAGGAUGGCUUAAAAAGUUUAGUUGAAGAUCAUACUGAGAACAAAGACGACAUUUUCAAAGAUGCAGCCGCUCUGGCCGAGAGUAUACAACCGAAAGGUAAUACUUUGUCUUCCACAAAUGUUGUGACACCGGUGCCGUUCCUUUUAAAGCAUUCCCUGCGAGAAUAUCAACACAUUGGCUUAGAUUGGUUAGUGACAAUGCACGAUCGCAAAUUAAAUGGAAUUCUAGCUGAUGAAAUGGGUCUUGGUAAGACAAUACAAACAAUAGCUUUGCUUGCCCAUUUAGCAUGCGUCAAAGGAAAUUGGGGACCACAUUUGAUUGUUGUACCUUCAUCUGUGAUGUUAAAUUGGGAAAUGGAAUUCAAAAAAUGGUGUCCGGGAUUUAAAAUUCUGACAUAUUAUGGUGCACAAAAGGAACGCAAAUUAAAACGUGUUGGUUGGACAAAACCAAAUGCUUUUCAUGUGUGUAUCACUUCUUAUAAAUUGGUUGUGCAAGAUCAACAAAGUUUUCGUAGAAAAAAAUGGAAAUAUUUGAUUUUGGAUGAGGCACAAAAUAUUAAGAAUUUCAAGUCACAAAGAUGGCAGCUGUUAUUGAAUUUUUCUACUGAAAGGCGCCUUUUACUAACUGGAACACCAUUGCAAAAUGAUUUGAUGGAAUUAUGGUCAUUGAUGCAUUUUCUAAUGCCAUAUGUUUUCCAAUCGCAUCGAGAAUUCAAAGAAUGGUUUUCAAAUCCCAUGACAGGAAUGAUCGAAGGAAAUUGUGAAUACAACGAGACUUUGAUAAGCCGUCUGCAUAAGGUAAUUCGUCCAUUCCUCCUUCGGCGGUUGAAAAAGGAAGUAGAAAAACAAAUGCCGAAAAAAUACGAACAUGUUGUAAUGUGUCGCCUUUCCAACAGGCAACGGUAUUUGUAUGAAGACUUUAUGAGUCGCGCAAAAACACGUGAAACUUUAUCGACGGGUAAUUUCCUUAGUGUGAUCAAUGUCCUUAUGCAACUACGAAAGGUGUGUAAUCAUCCGAAUCUAUUUGAAGUUAGACCAACGAUAUCACCCUUUCAUAUGGAAGGAAUAACAUAUGCAGCGCCACAUCUUACAUAUGGAGUUAUGGAUUAUGAUCCCUUUACUCAAAUUGAUUUAAAUUCGGUAAAUCUUAUGUUAAUCAAUUUGGAGAUCACACUUACGGCGUAUGUGUCGCAUAAAGUACGACUACUUGCACCCCAAAGGAAGCUUAUCGAAGAAGUCGAUCAACUACCCGAACCACCGCCACGUUGUCCUACAGGAAAAUAUAAAUUCCACAUUCGAAUACGUGAUACUAAUGUGCAACAAAGUAUAACCACGCACAGCAGUAAUAGUGGUUCAGUGAAAGUGGGCACAAGUCCAGCCAUGAAGACUGAAGGAAACAAACUAGUACCAGUUUGUAAUUUAGAAAAUAAAUUAAAGAAAACCAAUAGUAUUAAUCCAACUUACCCGAUAAAAUUGUUAACGUCCGAAAGUGUUGGUAAUCAGCCAUUAGCAGCAAACACAGUGGUGACAUCAUCAGCAUCAUCGGGAGCAGUGGGCAGUAGAAUGGUCAAUCCAUUGCUGCGACCGGUGAAUGGAAGUGCUACUACAACUGCGACUGGUGCGCCGGCAGGAGGAGCGACACAAAUAGCUAAAAUCGUUCAAAUGAAGGGCGGCAAACAACAUUUUGUGUUGACGCCAGGAGUGGGGGGUAGUGGUCAUAGAAUAACGCUAGUGUGUAAGACGGGGAACAACCUGGUGACGACGGGUAAUGUGAUAUCAUGUGGGAAACCACUGACAACAGCAGUAAGUGCAGUAACAACGAACAAUUUGGUGGCGCGGUCGGGAGCAAUUACCGCCACCAGUGGGGUCUCAAGGAUGACCACAACAAUGUCGAUGUCAGCUCCAACUUCGAUUAGCGGGGCAGUAGACUCAGGACUGGUAAAAGCGCUGGCGCAGCAAGUCAAAACCACAGCCCAGUCUGCAUUGGUUAAAAGUGCGGCAGCUGCAGGAUUGGAAAAAAUGGAAGUAGACGAGGAAGACGGCGAAGAAAAUGAUCCAUCUUUUGAUAUGGCAUCAAUAAAGCAGCUCUUAAAGGAACGGCGACAGAGUCGCUUGAAUUUGAUGGCGCGCAUAAAUAAUCGCCGUUGUGAUGCGACUCCCAUUUAUGGAGAUGAUUGCAGGCAAACGAUAUCAAAUGCAAGGCAACCCAUCAGAAAGGCGGACUUCAGCACUUGGCAAACGAGUAGUUUUGCGAAUUGCCAGACCGCAAUGAGCAGACGCGACAGUUGGACUCUAACCAAGAUCAUCAAGUCUUACGUGGAUAGAACACAAGAGCUCUUGACUAUGUUCAAUAACUUUGUGAUAUUUGUGCCGCCAGUAUCGUCUCCCCUGCCGCAACUGCACGUUCAUCACAUGCACCCAUCUACGGUCAAUGCGGACCGUGUUCGCGAACAGAUGAUCGUUCAAGAAAUGUCACCCAAACUAUCACUCCUGCAUCCCAUUAUUUCGGCUAUGAACACACAAUUCCCCGACCCUCGGCUGAUUCAAUACGAUUGCGGGAAAUUGCAAACUUUGGACCGUCUUCUGCGCACUCUUAAAUCUGGUCAACAUCGAGUAUUGAUAUUCACUCAAAUGACCAAGAUGCUGGAUGUUCUCGAAGCGUUUUUGACACAUCAUGGUCACAUCUAUUUGCGGCUUGACGGUUCGACGCGUGUCGAACAGCGGCAGAUUCUGAUGGAGCGUUUUAAUGGCGACAAGAGAAUAUUUGUGUUUAUUCUUUCGACGCGUAGCGGUGGUGUUGGCAUCAACUUGACCGGCGCAGAUACUGUGAUAUUUUACGAUUCCGACUGGAAUCCAACAAUGGACGCUCAAGCGCAAGAUCGUUGUCAUCGCAUUGGACAAACACGAGAUGUGCACAUUUAUCGUUUGGUCAGUGAGAAGACAAUCGAAGUGAAUAUCCUCAAGAAGGCUAAUCAAAAGCGAAUGCUCAGCGAUAUGGCCAUCGAAGGGGGUAACUUUACGACGACAUUCUUCAAGAGUACCACCAUCAAAGAUUUGUUCGAUCUUGAACCGGCGGAAGGUAGCUCUUCAACAUCGAACGAACCACAAGCUUCGUCGUCAUCAAAACAUGUCACCGAUGGUCAAUCUGGUGGUGGUGCUGUGAUGCCAAUUCAAACGGAUAAAGAGAAACAAUCAUUGCGAGCUUUCGAGACUGCUUUGGCUAAUGUGGAAGAUGAUUUAGAUGUCGAAGCAACUAAAAUAGCCACCGCAGAAGCUGAUGCAGAUUUGGAAGAAUUCGAUGAGACGAUACCUUUGGAAGAGACAGAAAGGCAGCAACCGGGACCGGAGAUGAGCCGAGCUGAUUUGGAAGUUCAAAAUCUUGUUAAACAGUUAAGUCCAAUUGAAAGAUAUGCAAUGCGUUUUGUAGAAGCAACUGGUGGUGCUUGGACAGCAGAACAACUCCGAGCUGCCGAAGCUGAAAUCGAAGCCCAAAAACGUGAAUGGGAAGCAAAUCGAUUGGCUGCAUUACAAAAAGAAGAAGAAAUGCUUAAGGCAGAAGCUGAAGCUGAUGAAGUCCUCACCUACAGCCGGAAGGAUGCCAAGAAUCAGAUUUGGAUUUCUGAUAACACAAUGGAACAAAUGCCGAUGUGGUGUCCACCAACUCCGCCACAAAACGACAACGACAUCUACAUUGACCAUUCAUUGGGUUUUAUGUAUGAUACCGAAGUCCUCACCGAGUCACAUCUGCCGCCGGUUUAUGUUAAGAAAGAAUACAAACGUUCACGCACCGAAGCUGGUUUUCUAUUGGAUGGUCGACGACCGCCAAAGAUACGCAAAGAUGACAAUUUCAUUGCACCACGAUCGUUGUUCGAUCGACCAUCGGGUGCAGUGGCGAAGAUUCGGCGUGAUUUGAAAUUGCAACGUUAUCGUGGCAUCUUCAAACCGAAUGUCCAAAUACCGGGUUUGAAGCCGCAGACCACAACCAAAAGUCUGGUUGAGCCCGAGGGAAUGGUUGAAUGGAGUAUCUAUGAGGAUAUAGCAAUUGUGCAUGUUUUGUCAAACUUACAAGGUCUGCCAAUUAAUUUGAUGCUUCUAUCACCGGGACACACUCCAAACUGGGAUUUGGUGGCUGAGAUUGUGAAUAUGUACUCGAAAACAUACCGUUCUCCGAAGCAUUGUCGUUGGCGUUAUGAAGCUGUUAUUGUGCCCCGUGAAGAGGGCAAACUUUUGGAAAGUCCCAAGAAGCAAAAGAAAAUGAAGUCAGUGAUGAAGGCUUGCAUAAAGGGGGGCGUAAAGUCACUGCGCACAUCGCAAAACUUCAUCGCGGACAACAAUAGUUCGUUCAGCAAACUUAUGAAAUCCAAAUUCGAUGGUAUUAAAACGGCAUUCCUGAAGAAGGCCCCACCACCGAAGAGGCACUUCAGUGCGCCAAGUCCAAUGAAUCCCAAACACGCAGAAGUUCUGAAAGAAUUCGGAAUUGCGAACUAUGAUAAUCCCUUGAGCCCGCGAAAUAUUGCAAUGCUAAAGGCGAAUAAGAUGCGUGAAAAACAACGGACUACCAUGCAAAUGCCUGCACAAAAUCGGGUUGCCGUAGCAGCUCCUAGUCAGGAGAUUGUGAGUCAUUCACCACAGCAAGCGCAGCAGCCGCAACAACAACAACAGCAGCAAACGCAACAAAUUCCCCAACAGAUUCAGGUUCAACAGGCAUCUGGUGGCCAGCAGACGGCGAUUGUGCUUCAACAGGCCCAACAGCAGAUGCCAAAUGUUAUUCAACAGCAGGGUGGACAGAUAAUGCAGUCCCGAGCUGUUCACCAGCAAACCACGCAGAUUGUGAAAACUAUUGUCACCCCACAAUCGGGCUUGCUGCAUGGACAAAUUCAGCAAUUGACACAGUCUGGGGCACAACAGAUUCAGCUGCAGCAAUCUGGAAAUAUGGUCACCCCUUCAUCGGUCUCCGUUGUUCUAACGACUCCUGUCUCGACUAUGUCCAAUGUGCAGCACCAGGGUACCCAAUCGGCGCAGAUUGUCUCGAUCCAGCCUCAGAGUAUAGUUUCCUCAGCAUCUUUGGUGUCGUCGCAGUCUCAAAUGGCAACUUUGGUUCAGACUUUGCCAUCACAGAGCAUGCCCCAAGUGGUAUCAGUGUCGCAAUUGGCUACAGUGGGCACAGUUCUUACUACCUCGGCAAACAUGCAGCCAAAUGCAACUGUAACAACCUUAAACGCCUCCGCACUAAGGGCGCAAAGGAUUGUGGCAGCUCCUGGAUGCUUGCAAGAUGUAGUUCUGCAACAACGUCAGAACUCUCAAAGUCCUACAAUAGUAUCGAUGAAUAGUCUUGGACAGACUGUGACGCAAGCCCAAUUCCAGGGAGCUCAACUGCGACUCUCAAUGGCAGGAACACAGCAAGUUGUCACCAAGGGAAUCCCGGUGAGCUCCUUGCAACAAACUGGUAAACUCACCAACCAGCCUGCUCAGAUUCAACUCUACCGUCAAAGACAGCAAUUGAAAGUCUUGCAAACGCCCGGUCAAGGUGGACAAGUUGUCCAAACUGCUGGUGGCCAAACAACUUUAGUAAACGCAGCCGGAACAAUUAUUCAAGGCGGUGUCGUACAAACCGGGCCCACAGUUCAAGUGCAAGGCCAAAAGGUAUCUGUUGCUACCGUCAGUGCAGCAAACGUAACUCCUGGUGGGGCUCCUGGUGUUGUCACGUCAGUAGCCACUGUUCAAGUGGCUCACAAUCAGGGUCGUACGCAAUUCAUCAAACAAGUAGGAGGCAAGCAAACAAUAGCUCGCCAGGUGAAUGAUAACGAAAUGUUGCUGGUCAAACGACAAGUUAUAGCACAACCCAAGACUCAAGUUCUGCAACAAGGUCAAAUAUUGACUCCAGCCAACGUACAGAUACAGCAACAGCCUGGUACAUCUGGCCAACAACAGAUUGCGACUUUGGUCAAGACAUCGUCUGGCAAUAUGACCACAGCAUCACCGGGCGGAACCAUCAACAUGGCUCUGUCACAUGUCAAGCCAGGGAGUCAAAUCAAGGUGACAAUGGCAAAUCAAUCACAGAUGCGACAGUUGCAUGUGCAACAACAUCUGGCUAUAGCGCAGCCAAGAAAACUGAGUAAAAUGACUCAGAUUGCCCAGGGCGGACAAGUUGGUCAGAAACCCGGUGUUCAGACUCAAUUGGUGCACAUUCAGAAUACGAAAACCUUACCUGGUUCAAUGACGGUACAGCAAAUUCAACAAGUGAUGCGUCAAGGGCAGCAGGGAACACUCUCAGCUGCUGGUUUGGUAUUGGGAAAGACGAGUGUGGGUCGAGUUAUCCCAGUUUCGGUGGCGUCACAAGCCAAUGCACGUCAAACCAUCCAGGUUGUUUCGGCUUCUUCCGCACAAGCAUUGACUGCAGGAAAUAUUCGAGCACACGUCGCUUCAGGUCAAAAUAUCGCAGGCACCAUAAAAGUGGCCCAAGGAGCAACUCAGGCUCAAACACAGCAAGCCCUAAUCAAUGCCAUACAAAACCAACAAGGCCAGCGGCAAAACGCCAGUCCAGCCCGACUUCAAACCACCGCUGGUGGCAACUUGGUUGCUGUCACCGUGCAACAAUCCCAAGGUAUGCAACAACAACAAGUGAAUGUUUCUUCAAUGAGUAACAUGGGUGGCAAUGUACAAGGAAUCACAACUAAUGCAUCAUCCGUUGGACAAACGACCGAGGUGGGGUCUAUAACCAUAACAACGCAACAACAACAAAACCAAUCGCAGAAUGUUCAGUCUGUACAGCAGCAGCAACAACAACAGCAGCAGCAGGUUCAACAACAACAGCAGCAACAAACAACACAACAACAGUUGCAAAUGCAGGAUAAUCAUUUAUUCUUUUAUGUUUAAAUUUGUUUAUUUUAUUUUUUUCCUAAUAAUAUGUGUAUCAUAUAUAAUUUGUGUAUCAAAAAUAAUUAAUAACGCACAAAAAGAAAAUGGUUCUAGUAUCAAGAGAAAACAAAAUUUAUUGAACAAAAUUUAACAAAAAUUAAAAAGAACGAAAAACAACAAAAAUUGGAAAAUUUAUAAAAUUGAUUGGCUUAUUUUUUUUUGUUGAAAGAAAUUUAAUUGAAAGACAGAUAGAUGAGGAAUGAAAUUAAUAAAGUGGUGGGUUUGUUGAAUUUUUCUUUUGUUAAAAAAAUUUUUCAAAAUAAUUUGAGUAUAAUUUCUUUAAAAAUUAUAAAAAUGAUUAAAAGAAAGUCAUUCAAAAAUCAUUUGAAAUAUAAUUUAGGCUCUUAUACCAUAGUGAAGUCGAAGUCUUAAAAAAGGGGUGGACAAUCGCAGUCUGUUUAACAAGAUAGAAGUAUUUAAAUGUUCACGAGUUAUUAAAUUUAAUAAACAUAAACUUUAAGACUAAUGCCUUGUAUCUAUUAUCUCCAUUUGUAUACUUAAUAGUUAUUGAGAAUCGUUCCAUUUAGUGAAAUCAGUUUUUCUUUUUUAUUUAAUUUUGAUUUAAAUUACAUUUUUGCAUUCUAAAGGAAGUCUUAAAACUAUAAUAAAUGACAAUUCAGCUACGAAAACAAUAAUUUUGUGUAGCCCUUUAGUUAACAUCUAAGUAAGCAUUUGUAAAAUUCUAUUAAAAGAACUUUUACACAUUUCAUUAGAAAAAAAGUUGUGAAAAAAAUACCCCUAUUUUGAAACCCCUUGGAAAUUUUAUUUCCCUCGGAAUUUUUCCCUAACCUGGAAUCCUCCUGGAAAUUAAAUUUCUCCAAUAAAAAUUCUAUGCAAUGACAGCUCAAUUUCCCUAGAAAUGUUUUCCCCAUGGCAAGGAAAUCUUUUAAGCAUUAUUUCCGUUCUCAAUGUUCGAGAGCGGGAAAACCCCAAUAUGUUACUGUAGUUGAUUUUUUCGUUUUCAGUUAGGUCAGUAAAAACUUCAGGGUUAAAGUUUUAAUUAAAAAUAAGCGUUAUCACGAGCUUUAUUGUGUAUGGAAACAUUUUACGAACCCCAAAUAAAACUAAAUCACCAAAUAUAAUUUGUAUUGGAGAAUUUUAUACAAUUUUAAAUUACGAUUCGUAACAAUUUCUGAUUACGAUGGAAAAUUCAUUAUAAAUUUGAAUAUCUAUUUAUCAAAAACCCUGCAUUGUUACAAACCCUUUCAAAGGAAUAUUGGUACUGCGAAUGACAACAAUUAAGUGUACUAGGUAAAGUUAAUGACGACAUCGUCACUUUCAGAUCAAUGUAGCUCUAUUUGUUAUACCGUUAAGUAUUGAACUUCAUUCAAACAAAAAUAUUUGUCUCGCUAUUUGGAGUUCAUGGAAUGUGGCACGUUUAGUCUCUAAUUCGGUGCAAAUAUCCUAAUUAGGGCAGUACGAAUGCUCUCCAACAGGACAUGUGUUAAAGCUCAAUAUGUCUUAAAAAAUCACACACUCUCAAUGUUCAACAAGUCGCCCUUCCUUCUCAGUAUAUUUUUCACAAUAACUACCAAACUUCGGCAAAACAAGGUCGGCAAUACGAAAAAAUUAGGCUUUUGUAGUUUAAAAAGAAAACAAAUUAUUAGAACAAUACAAAAACCAAAUUUAUUGAAUUAAAUUGUUCAAAAUUGAAUGCAGCAAUACACAAAUUCCAAAAUAUCACGAAAAUAAUUUUAGAAAAAAAGGAUUUCUGAAUUCGAAACAAGUUAUUUUAAAAUUUUAGAUCAGGCGCAUCGUCUAACUGAAAUUCCUGAUAAUUCGUGUAUUGUUAGAGUGAAAUUUGUUCAUAACAAAAGAAAGAAAAAGAAGAACACCCAAAUUUAAAAAAAAAAUAUGUAUAUACAUAUACUGAGUAAAAAUACUCCCAUUCGACAAUUCAAAACCUCCCACUGCCCAUCACAUAAAAUCAUAAAUCUAGAACCAUUCUAUGUUAAAUGUGAAUAAAAAACAUAACAAUCCAAGCUUAAUGCUGUUGCAUAGUGUAAAAAUUAAGUGUUUUGUAAUUAAUAAAAAAAUAUCAAUUCUCAUUUAAUUAGACAAAAAAAGAAUUUACAUAAAAAUCAAAAUUAAAACUAAAUUAAAUAUCUUAUGCUUUCUUUUAAAUUUCUUUUUUGGUUGGUUUUCAGCCUACAUAAAAAAAUAUGCCAAAACUAAUUGCAAACCAAAAUAAAAACAAAAAUAAAAUAAAAAAAAAAACAAAACGAAUCUCUUCUCAGUUUUAAUCUCUUCCCAAAUAUACACUCUCUCCUCCCUCUCUAUCUCUCUCCACUAACCGUAUGGAUAAA